AUGAAGUUCGCUGGCCUCGCCCUCCUCGCCAUCCCAGGCGCCCACGCGCUCGUGCUCCCCCGCGACAACGCCCUCCCCAAGUGCCUCAACGACGUGACCGCCUCCAUCAACCACCUCGACGACGCGGCCAGGUCGUUUGACGGCAACAUCACGCCCGUCGUCGAGGCCACCGACGGCGUCACCGCCACCAUCCAGCGCUGCCAGACCAUUGUCGACAACUCGGAGCCCAUUGGCCUCUCCCUCGCCGUGGCCCUCCUCAAGCCCGUCCAGGACCUGGACAAGCGCGCCAAGAACCUCUUCAACGACGUCAAGGACAAGGUCGACGACGUCAAAAAGGCCAGGCAGUGCGGCGUCACCCGCAACAAGCUCGGCGCCCUGAGCUCCGUCGGCCGCGGCCUGACGCAGACCAUUGUCAACAAGAUCAGCAGCGGCAUGGCCAAGAACAUUGCCAAGCGCUAUGCCGAGGAGAUUGAGAAGCUGCUCGCCAAGUCGCAGGAUCUCUUUGCCGUGGGCCACUGCGACGAUCUCGAGUAG